UUCGACUAAUGGCGUCUGCUUGUGUGAAUGUGAAAGCCAAAGCACGUUGUUUGUUUACAUUUUUAUUAAGCUUUUUAUUUGUCUGUUGUCUUUAUUUACUUCAAAUAUGUUCUAGUAAAUAAUCAGAAUGGUACAUAAAAAAUCAGAAUACAGACUACAGUAUCAUUUGAUACCAGAAGACAUCAGAAAAAAAAUUUGGACAGAUAAUGUUACAUUGAGGGAUAGUAGGAAGCUAUCAAACCAAGCUGAUCACUAUUGGGAAUAUCAGUUGACAGACGACAACUGUGUCUGUGAUGGUGAAGAUGAAGUCGAUUCUGGACCUCCUCCUCCCCACAAACUAAAGCACAAAACACUGCUAGCUAGAUACGAGCAACGGUCAAGGAGUUGCAGCAAUGGACUGGAUCAACCGAGUCGCUCCGAAAUGGACAGAUAUCGAGAGAUGGCUGUGCAAACGCCCAACUGGAAAACAAAACUUGACAAGUUGAAGAAGGACAACGAGAGUGAGACAGAUAGCGGGAGAGCGUCGUGCGAUGAAAUGCAGGAUGUGAUGAAGAACAUGAGCACCCUGACCCUGCCUGAGGUGUCGACGUCAGAGGGGGGACGCUCCAGUGUGAACGGCAGGCCUCGCACCCCCGCUCCCCCCGCCACUGCAUCCUCGCCUCACCCCUCCUCACAGAGGCCUUCGUCAGCCCUCAGGCAGAGGUCUCGAACGCCAGGUCCAGCAAGAUUGUGCAAAAAACUGAUGGUUGAAGGGAGGAAAACUCAUUUUGUGCCUUAUGGAUGGAACGAUCGGCAGACUGACAUUGGCCAGAAGAAAACUUUCAAUGUUCUUGCUCCUGAGAAAGAGGUCCAUCAUCAUCCAGCUGUUGAAUCAUCACGUAGGAAAAAAGCUGAGCUUGAAAAAUUCAUACGGGAAGACAUGGCUAAGCAAAAGUACCGACUCAAAACCCCCUAUCCUUUAGGAAAUGCAAGCAGCAUUUGGACGAGCGAAUACAAGGAGCAAUUUUGCCGAAGUCGUCCCGCCUCUGCCCCUCCUCCUCCCAGCUGACGUCGAUACUAAGGAGCUGACUUUGCAGCUCCACUAAACGGCCGAUGAACUUAGCAGUCAAUUGACAACAUAGCUCUCCAUCAAUCCGGUAGAAGUGACCUUCUACUUCUGACCUCUUUGGGGACUGGACACAAAGGAGGAUAUUUAUAUAAUUAUAUGAGACCGCUCUGAUCGCAGAUCGCUCUCUGUGUGUCCAAACCUUACCUUCUUAAUGAACUCUCAUAAUUUUAUAAUAUGAUUAAUCAGAAUAUCAGAUAGUAGGUUGCGUGUGUACUGUGAAAAAGUUAAUUUACGACCCCAUCUUGUAUGAUAUAUUUCGAUUAAACACAUAAGAGGCAAGACAGAGGUACCAUCUAGGCCUGGCCUAAUACUAGAUAUACCAAGAUAUACUUUUGGGUGGAAAUAUCGGAUUGGAAUCCUCUCAAUGAAGCCAUCGUAACAUCUUGGCGUUAAAUCAAUUCAUACAUAACUGUUGGUUGGUAAUAACUUAACUUAACAUAACUUUUAAAUAAGUGUUAAUUUUUAUGCCUUCAAAUCUUAUGGAAGAAAAAUAUUUUUGUAUUCUUUGAUUGAAUGCAUUGUAACUUAUCGAUUAUGAAUCCAAUGUGAUGAGCAGUUUAUGCAUAACUAUUGAAUGAUGUUCAAAUAUCAACUAUAAUGUGUAGGCUAUGCGACAAUUUGUGUUCAAUGUUAAGAUUCUUCUGGUGACAAUAAUAUCGUACAAAGAGACCAAGUUUAGUACACCUAAAAACAUUUGGUAACAGGCUUAUAUUCAAAAAGCGACAAUAAAGUUGAAUUUGAUUUGUAGCUUUUAUUUAAAAGUACAUAAUUUUGUGUACAUUUUAAAAAUUAUUAAUGCCUGAUUCUAUUAUUUAUCGUAUGAUGUGUUCAUCGUGAUGUUUAUUUAAUUCAUGUGAACCCAAAAGUCAUAGAUCAAACAAACAACAUAAUCUCGUAUUUGAUAACAUAAUCACCUUAUAAAUCAAGCACGAAUUACUUUAAAAAAAAAUAAAAAUAAAUCGAAUUUACCUAAGCCGUUGCCGUUUCUAUUCAUUUUUCUAUUAAAUUCUCCAAAGUUGUUUGUAAUGAUUUACCAAAUAUUUUUCAUUAUGAGCAGCCUAUCAAAUAAUUAUUGUUCACUUUCGUUGUGUACACCAAAAGAAAUAUGCACAGAACUUUGUAGUCAGACAAAACGCUGGUUUUUGCACGAAUACAUGAAUAGAUCAUGAAACUGAUUAAUCGAUUUCGAACGACCAAAGCAACUUAGCAAACAUUUAGUGGUGUAGGCCUAUGCGUUAGUUCUCCAAUCACAUAAUUUUGAUUCAGAUGCAUAUACUUCUUGUUCAUCACAUCUAAAAUAUUAUUAAGAAGUAUGAUGUUCUAAUGCAGUCGAAGGAUUGUGAAUAUAUUCAACUAUUCAAGUCAAUUUUUAAACUCGUUGCUGUAAAUAAUUAAUUUGUUCAAGUUUUAAGGUCAUUACAAAGUACACUUUCGAAUUAUACGUAUUUAAAGUGUAUUAUAGGAUUAAUAUGUUAGUUACACCACCUUCUAGUUACUACUAGAUUAUUUUCUUGUAAUAUAGAAAAUCAAAGAUAUUUAUUUAUUCAUGAGAAAUUGUAUGAAAAUAAUGUUGAAGUAAAGAAUAUUAAAAAUGUAGACAAUCCAGUUUUAUUUUCAAUAUAAAUUGUUCUGAAACUCAAUGAAAAAUAUUUUUUGUUCAAUAUUCUAAGAAAUUGUAAGACAUUUAUUUGAAUAUAACUCGUCCUGAACCCGCUGUGGUUGCCUCGCGUCUAGCACACUGGUGCAACGCUGGUGCAAGUCGUAAAAGCCGACUUUCCAUAUAAAAUGAGUUGACUACUGUUUUUCAUAGAUUCUACCCCAUCAGAGAUAUAAUAAACAUAGCCUUUACAUUAUAAUUAUUAUGGACUAGCAAGUAACCCGUGCUCCGCAAGGGUUUGUUUAAAGCACAAAUAGAUUGAAUUUAGACAAACUAAAAACUUGACGUAUUGAAAUAUUGAAGAACUGAAAAUAGGCCUAUAACUAUCCUCAGUAAAUGAUGAAUCUAUAUUCAAAAUUACUAGUUAAUCAGUUCAGUAGUUCAGACGUGAUGAUGCGUCAUUCGUGUAUUUCCUAUCCCUUACAUGUAUAAGCCAAUUUUUUCUUUAUUAUAUUUUUAUAAUUAUUAUGUUCAAUACUAUUUGAAUUACGUUUUAUCAGCAAAGUGUAGUAGUGAUUUCAUUUUGAUGAGCAAUGAAGGGAGAAAAUAUUCAUCUCGUAAAUAAGAUUGCUGUAUUACUAAAAAAUAAUUGAAACUUGAAAAUAGAGGUAAUAAUAAUAAAUUCGAGAUCUCGUGUUUAUUGCAAUGACUACAAAUACAGCAAUCUGACAAUAAACAUAAAACAAGCGAAAUAAUGCUCUAUGAAGGAUUAUACAGAAAUAUAAGGCGCUAUUUUCUCACAACUGUAUGUUUCAUUAGUUUACUAUCUUAUUUGUUCUCAAACAUUCAAUAAUUAUAAUAAUGAAUCAUCACAAUUCGUGAUGUUCUUUUAUUUUUAAGUAAUCGUAGCAUAACAAGAAGCAAUGUUGAACUUCGUUAUAUUGUUGUGAUCCAAAUGUCGAAUCAACCUCUCAAACAUUCAAUAAAUGUUUUCAAUCUAUAUGAGAUGAAGUAAUGUGAUACGGUUUUAGAUGGUAACUUCAAAACACUUGAGUUAUUUCAUUUGUUUUAAUAGAGUGACUGAAAUAUGAAUGGAUUAAAUAAUAUAUAUGAAUAAACAUCCAACUUCAUUAAUUUUAGUUUGAAGAUCGUCAAUAAAGUAUGAUAUAAAGACUCCUAUAUAUAUAAUGAACAGCUCGGCCUACUUUCAGUAAUCUAGAUACCUACUAGUUGGUUGCUUUACUCUGUGAAUCUGGGUAGUGAAAUAAGCCAAAUAGUCUUGAUACUGAAAGAAAAAUAUGGCAAAUUUAUUACUUAAUUAUUAUAUAGACUACUGUUUGAUUUUAAGCACUUUACUUCUCUACUAAUUUACAUUAGCUUAUUCGAUUACAUUAGUAAUUUUUUCUGUGAUUGAGUGUUGAUGUUUCAAAUGUUUUUAUUUUCAAUGUUCUUAUUUUUAUUAUUUGAUCCAUUGUAAUCUGUUAAUUUUUAAUAAAUUUAUAUUUACCAAA